AUGUUCAUUGGACGGCGUGAAAGUACAAUUGAAAGUGAGAGUAGUGAUGAAAACGUUGUGAGUUUUAGAAGAAAAGUUAGAAAUAGAAUUUCGUCGAGUUCAAGCUCGGAUACUGAUGAAUCAUAUGCAAGUGAAGAUAUUGAAGAAUUACUAGAAGAACUGGCUUUAGACGAAGAAGAGAAAUUGAACACAGCUGAUAAUUCAUUGGAAAAUAUAAGGCAACAAUCAUUUCCGUUCACUGGAAAAAGUGGGCUUUUGUUGGAUUUGCCGUCUGGCAUUAGCCCCGGUGAAGUUCUUUCGCUAUUCUUGAAUGAAACAGUAAUAAGUCUUUUAGUCACAGAAACUAAUAGAUAUGCAGAGCAGAAAUUACUUGAACAUAAAACGACUGGUCACGCUGGACAAAAUAAAUGGAAUCUCACCACUUCCGAAGAAAUUAAAAAAUUUAUUGGAUUGAUGAUUUGGAUGGGUCUAGUACAAACACCGCUAAAGAAAUGUUGGUCAACGGAUCCUGUAUACAAUUUUUCAUUGCCGCGCAGCACAAUGUCCCGCAAUCGAUUUGAAGAACUGCUAUCAAACUUGCAUUUUGCUAACAAUGAAACGAUAGUACAAAAUAACAAACUUGGAAAAGUUUUACCACUUGUAGACAUAUUGAUGGUUAAUUAUCAGAAGGUUUUUUCACCAGGCAAAGACAUUGUUGUCGACGAGACAAUGGUUCCGUGGAGGGGACGACUAGUAUUUCGGCAGUAUAUUCCAACAAAGUCACAUAAGUACGGUGUAAAACUGUUCAAACUAUGCUCCACCGAAGGAUACACAUGGUCUUCAAAAAUAUAUUCUGGACGAGAUACCAGCGGAAAAAGAAAAGUUGGCAUAGCAGAGAGUGUCUGCACUGAACUUGCAGACAAAUUAUUGAACGAAGGACGUACUUUAUUUGUUGAUAAUUUUUACACUAGUUAUGAAUUAGCACUUAAAUUUUUAAAUUCUAAGACGCAUGUGGUUGGAACGGUACGGCGCAAUAAAAAAAAAAAACCAAGUUGUGUAAUGUAUCCGUUGAAAAGAGGGGAAAUGGUGGCACGAGAAGAUCCAAAUGGUAUUAAAUGGUAUUAUAUAUCCAAAUGGAGAGAUGUUCGCGAUGUCACAAUCUUAUCCACAAAACAUCCUCCCAUCAUGACUCCAAGCUCGAAUUCUACACAUCGCGGUCGUCCUACGAAAAUGAAACCUUUGGCGAUAAGAGAGUACAAUAUUGGUAAAAGUGGCAUCGACAGAAGCGACCAGAUGGUGUCAUAUGCAACAAACAUACGAAAAACCAUUAGGUACAACGAUAUCACAGAAUGGUUGUCCUCAAAAGAUACUGUGCCCAACCCUAAUAGACCCAAAAGAAGGAAUCUGUCUCACCACUUGGAGAUCCGCAAAAAUCAGCAGGGGAAGCCUGUAAGAAAGAUGUACAGCAGCAGUGGUGAAGUCGCUCCAUCUUGUAUCAACAGCAAAGCAAGCAUCGUAGUGCACCAGAGCACUGACACGCAUCAACCGGAGACAGCAGCUGUGGAGAUAUCGCUCCAUCCUGUACCGACAUCAACGAUCGAGCAACAUCGCUCCGAGACCGUCCACAAUUCCAGAAGGAAUUCGCUACAGAGGAUGCCCAUAGGAGCUUGCAACAUCAUCAAUCGGAGCCCACCUGAACGCGAUUCCAGCAGUCAUCCAGCAGCUCAACUCCAGGAACAACGCACGAGAGGAAGGUUGCAGAAUCGCCGUUGGGUAAAGUACACUCAGAUACUUUCUUUCAUGGCUCCAUCAUAUGAAGAUCGCGUCAAAUCAUUGAAGGCAAAACGCGAAGCCUUCAAAUUAGAAUUGAAAGCUUUCAAGGAGGUAUUACAAACAUACAAAAUAGACACUCCAUCGUCGGAAUUACAAUUUAGACUCGAAGAUUUAGAAUAA